AUGACUUCAAACCCAACAUCCGCCGAUAAGCAGUUCUACUCGACGCCAUCCCCAUUCGAGGAGCGAAUCGGGUACUAUCGAGCGGUUCGUCAUGGUCAGCAAGUCUUCGUGUCUGGAACCACUGCAGUCGACCCCGCAUCUCCAGCUGACGCCCCGCAAAUCCUCUACCCUGGCGACGCACGCCGGCAAACGCGCGUGGCACUUGAGGAAUGUAUCAAGGCAGUCCAAGCCCUCGGCGGCAAGGGGCCUGAGAACGUGGUGCGGGUGAGAAUGUUCGUCAGUCGCCCCGAGGACUGCACCGCUGUUGGGGAGGGGUUCACGGAAAUCCUAGGACGCAAGAGCCAGCCGGGCGUCGGGGCAGCAGCGACGAUGUUGGUGGUGCGCAAUGGAUUCGUGGACGAGAGAAUGCUCGUGGAGAUUGAGGUGGAUGCAAUCGUUUAA